UCAGAAUUUCAUUUUGAAUGUAGCUGAAUUGCCUAAAGAAAUCACACCAAUGCAGUUUCUGGAGCAUAGAUGCAAUUCUUUUCAGAUAUAGAUACUAAAAGGUUGUUGCCUUCUACUCUGGAUUGGACCGUAGAUUGAUGUGACCCGGUGCCUCCCUGAUUAAACCCUGACUGAGCACGUGUCCUCACAGACUACCCAGAACCAUGACGGCCAUCAACGCACCUCGGGACAAAUACAAUGCAGUGUGGAUUAUUUUCUUCAUCCUGGGCUUGGGAACCCUCUUACCCUGGAAUUUCUUCAUGACAGCAACAAUGUACUUCACCAGUAGACUGAAGGACCCUCCUACUACAGACCUCUCUGCUAAUCAGACAUCAAAUGAGACCUUAAAGGGCGUCGACACUCGCAACGUGCUAGAGUCAAAGUUCAACAAUGUGAUGACGCUCUGUGCCAUGGUGCCCCUGCUCAUUUUCACCUGCCUCAACUCUUUCAUACACCAGAGGAUUCCUCAGAAGCUGCGCAUUUCUGGCAGCCUGACAGUCAUCCUGGUGGUGUUCCUGUUGACAGCUGUGCUAGUCAAGGUUGACGUGGCCCCACUGCCCUUUUUCACCCUCACCAUGAUCAAAAUUGUCUGCAUCAAUUCAUUUGGGGCCAUUCUUCAGGGCAGUCUGUUUGGACUGGCAGGUAUUCUGCCUGCCUCCUACACCACACCCAUCAUGAGUGGACAGGGACUGGCUGGCACCUUUGCUGCUUUCUCCAUGAUCUGCGCACUGGCCACUGGAUCAGCCUUGCAGGACAGCGCCUUUGGUUACUUUAUCACAGCCUGUGUGGUUAUCCUCUUGGCCAUUGUGUCCUACCUCGCUCUGCCCAGGAUGGAAUUUUUCCAGUACUAUAUGGAGAGUAAUGUACCCAGACCGUCUACUGACGAGGAGAACAAAAUGGACUUGCUCAGGAAAGAUAGUGCUGCAGAAAAGCGCCCUGUGGUGGGUCUGACAGAUGAGGAGCCCAGACCCAGUGUGUCUGUGUUCAACAUCUUCAAACAGAUCUGGGUUAUGGCUCUGUCAGUGUGCUUCAUCUUCACCGUCACCAUCGGUACAUUCCCAGCAGUCACAGUCGAGGUCAAGUCCACAGUAGCCAACGGAGGUGCCUGGGAAACUUACUUCAUCCCUGUGUCAUGUUUCCUCCUCUUUAACGUGAUGGACUGGGCUGGCAGGAGUCUUACAGCUGUCUGCAUGUGGCCCGGCAAAGACAGCAUCCUACUGCCCGUGUUUGUGGCUCUACGUGUUGUCUUCGUCCCACUCUUCAUGCUGUGUAACGUUCAGCCUCGUAACUACCUCCCCGUGCUUUUCUCUCAUGAUGCCUGGUACAUCAUCUUCAUGAUCUUCUUCUCCUUCUCCAACGGAUACCUGGCCAGUCUCUGCAUGUGCUUCGGACCAAAGAAGGUGUCACAGCAUGAGGCGGAGACAGCAGGGGCCAUCAUGGCCUUCUUCUUGUCCCUGGGCUUGGCACUGGGUGCCGCCAUGUCAUUCGCUUUCCGUGCCAUGAUCUAAAACCUCCUGUAGACCCUGAAGUAAAUUAGACCACCUCACACUCCAACACUCAUUCUGUACAGGACAGGAGACAACAGACUUCAGGACUCAAGGACGAGUCCCCGAAGUGUACAGUCGUAACUCUUCAAAUGCACCUCAGCCACAGAAUGAGGUUGAAACAUGUUACUGAAUUUGACUUUAUUUCAAACAGCACAGUGUUUGAACAUGUGCUUGUUUGGGACAUUUCCAAUCGAUGCCAUUGAUCAAAAAAGCAACUGAACAAGGAAAUCAAAACCAAAAUGUUACAGAAGUUGGCAGCAGUGGCUCAUUUUUAGAAGAUUGAAGGAAUUCUUUAGGUAUGAUUAGAAAAUUUUCCAACACACCACGAUUCAAACCGUGUUCAUAAGAGCUUCAUUCAUUGUUCUUUUACACCAAUGAAAAGUUGCAUUUAACUUUUUAAAUGUCAAGUGGCACAUUUGGUUGACUUUUUCAUUUUUAGAAACUAUGAUUUCAUGAGAUUCUAAAAGAUGCUCUUUGAUGCUGGUGUUCAGUUUCUUAAUUGCCUAGUAAAUUUAAUUGGUGACAUUGUAAACUGUGAUACUGUGUAUAUUUUAGAUUAAUUCUGACAUUUACAUUUCAAAUAUCAAACAUCAGUAUAGGCUGUUUUGAACACUGAUUAAGCCAAAUACAUAAAGAUGAGGUGAGAAAAUGGCAAACUUUGAGUAGAGGUGAUGACCCGUCAGCAUGUGAACUGCUUUGUCCCUCUGUCUAAUCUCACCAUGGACUCCACUCUCGUUUGUCUCUAUACCACAGUUAGUUCUCCCGAUUUGAAAGAAACAGACUGAAUCCUAAAGACGAGGUGUACAUUGAUAAUUUGGGCCACUAACUGCUGAGUAUUUGUUGUUUUAGAGUGUCUGUCUGUAGUUUAGAUGAAGUUGUAUCAGUGUGGGUCCUCUACAGUUUGAUUUACCAAAUACAACCAGAGGUCACACUUCAAGGCCAUGUAAUGUUUUUGUUGUCACCAUCUUCCUGAAGAGAAUCUGCUGUGAUGUAGUUAUGAACACAGCUGAGAGAAAGGUCUGCAACUGUCCUGCGACUUAAAACACACCAUUUUAGUCCUUACUGUGACAUCUCAUUAAACGUGGUCUCUGGAAGAUAACUUUUUAUAUGAAUAUAGUUUGUUGUAUGUUUUUGAAAUUUUACCACGAGUUAUUUUUGUUACAAAGUCAGGUUUUUUUUAUUGGCCCUCUAUCAGUGUUACAUUACUUUGCAUUUUUGUGGCCUUUGUCAUCCUUUUUUAAAGUCUGUUUUACUCGUGCACAGUAUUAUUCAUAACACCGGCUGUUUACAUCCAAACAGCCUGUUUGUUCCAAUGCAAAUUGUUGGUUUGUUGAAAUUGUGUUUGCAUGGAUAUGUAAAAUGUUGCGUAUAAUGCAGCUAUAAACAAUUUAGCGAGAAAAUAAAACUGUGUAUUUUUAAGA